AUGCCGAACAACAACAGCAUUAGGAGGCAAAUUCUCUUAUUUGGUACAUACACUGUCCGAACUGACUGGUUUCCGAAACGCAAAAUGAUUCUGAAUGAAUUGGGUUCCCUUGGGGAAGGAACAAGCGAUGGGAGCCUGUAUCACCGAGUGAAGUACUAUGGUAUGGGUACGUGAUAGAGAGGUAGGGGUAGUAAAGAUGGAGAUAGGGCCACUUGACCCAGAAAAAGGGGUGCAGGGUAUUAUACAGAGAGGUAAAUACUCUGGGAAAAUUUUUUAAGGGGGCGGUGUGGGUUUAGAUCAAAGAAAUAUGCACAAAUAAACAACAACAACAUCAACACCUGAUGCCUCUUUCACCACAUUAGCAGAUGACAUUUUGUCUGUAACUCUUAAGCAGGAUCAAGAUCAAAGCCCAGUCUUGUAGAACUGAUUUUGCAUGAAGACUAUUAUCCUUCUGCCAAGGGUCAAAAAGAAAUUUUCGCCGUAGGGGUAAGGCCAUCUUCAUAGAUUAAGUUCAGGGACCUGUUUCUUGAAAGUACCGGUAACCAGGAGCCCAUAAGUAAUGAGCUCCGAAUACAGCAAUUGAAUGUACAGACAGGGAACUUUGUGAAAAGCUUUGGCAAAGAGGGAAGUGGAGAUGGAGAGUUUGUGUCUCCUGUAGGUGUUUGUAUUACAGGUGAUGGACGUUUUAUCGUUGUAACGGAGUUUGCUAACAGCAGAAUUCAGGUGUUUACAAUGGAUGGUGAACCUGUGUUUAAGUUUGGAGACAACGGCCCAGAAAGGCUGGAUCAUCCCACCAGCUGCGUUUGUUACAAGGAAAAGUUCUUUGUAACUGACAAGAAUAAUAACUGUGUGAAAGUGUUUGAUGAGAUAGGACAAUUUCUGUACAAAUUUGAAAGGACACGGUGA